AUGCCUGCAACAACCACCAAGGCUACUACAACACUGACCACCACCAGCCUGUCCACCCCAACUAAAACCACCACCACCAGGCCAUCCACCACAUCCACCUCUGUACCAACCACCACAUGGGCCACUCCAAACAAAACCAUCCCUGUGUGGUUAGCCACCACCAGCACUGCCACCACUCGAUCCUUGCCAACCAAUCCUUCUGUCUCACAGCUAAGCACUAGCACCCAGCACCCAACCACUCCUGCACUGGCAGUUCCCCCCACUCCACUCCUCAGGCCCAGCUCUCCACGCCCCCCAACUGUGUUCUCCCAUCUCUCCUGUCCUCGCACACACAUGCCCUGUCGUGACGGCACUGAGUGUGUGGCCCAGGACUACGUGUGCGAUGGAGAGAAGGACUGCGCAGAUGGCUCUGAUGAGGAUGGGUGUGCCCAGCUCUGUGACACCCCAGAGGCCUUCCACUGUGCUAACAGCACCACGUGUGUUGGGGCUCACGAGCGCUGUGAUGGGGUGCCACAGUGUCCUGAUGCCUCGGACGAAAUGGGCUGCUGGAGCCCCACACAGGACUGUGCCCUGCGCUGCGAUGCUGCCACCCGCUGUGUCCCCGAGAGCUGGCUGUGCGAUGGCCAUGCCGACUGCCUGGAUCACACCGACGAGCAGGGAUGCGUGCCGAAGAAGUGCAGCCCAUCUGAAUUCCCCUGCCACAGUGGGCAGUGCGUGGCCCUGGCUCUGCGCUGUGAUGGCGACCCUGACUGCCGUGAUGGCUCGGAUGAGGAGGGCUGUGCCGUGCCCCGGCCUCUGCUGUGCCGCCCAGGGGAGGUGGUCUGUCCCCACAGUGGGGAAUGCGUGCCUGAGGCCUGGCGCUGCGACGGUGUGGCUGACUGCAGAGACAGCACAGAUGAGCAGGACUGUCCCUUGGAGGAACAGCAGUGCGGUGAGCAGCAGUGGGGCUGCUCACACGGCCAUGAGUGCAUCCCUGACGCCUGGCGGUGCGACAGAGAGAGUGACUGCAGUGACGGCAGCGACGAGGCUGGCUGCCAACCCACUCCCUGCCUGAGCCAUGAGUACCCCUGCGGGCUGGGGAUCUGCCUGAAUGCAUCACUGGUGUGCAGCGGUCAGCAGGACUGCGCGGAUGGCUCAGAUGAGGGAGGAAACUGCUCCCUGCCCUGCCAGAGACCCUGCUCACAGCUCUGCUACCCAUCACCCCAGGGACCUCGUUGCUGGUGCGCUCCAGGCUAUCAGCUGGCUGAGGACGGCAUGUCCUGUGUGGAUGUGGAUGAGUGCACAGAGCAGGGCAAGGAAACCUGCAGCCAGAUCUGCCUCAAUGCUCCAGGGACCUACAGCUGUGGCUGCCUCUCUGGCUACCUGCUGGAGCCUGAUGGCCGCAUCUGCAAACUCAGCGGACCAGAACCCACACUGUUGGUGGCUGUGCAAUCGGAAGUGCUGUCCUAUGGCCUUCGGAGUGGGCGCGAGGAGGUGCUGCUGACCACUGACAAGGAACGGACCGUCUUCUCACUCGACUAUGACUUGGUCGAAAGGAGAAUCUUCUGGAUGGACCUGGCCACAGAAAGCAUUUCCUGGCAGAGUCUAGAUUCAAGCAAAAAAGGCACGCUGGUGAAAGGUGUAAGAUCAGACUGUAUUGCUGUGGACUGGCUUGGGAGGAACCUGUACUGGACGGAUGGGGUGGCAGGGCAGGUGCUGGCCACUUCUCUGGGAACUGCCUGGAGAGGGAAACCAGAGUACACUGUGGUGCUGGAUGGAGACUUGGACCAGCCACACUCCCUGGUGCUCCAGCCUCUGGCCGGGAUGCUAUACUGGUCAGAGGUGGGGAACCAGCCACGUCUGAUGGAGGCCACCAUGGAUGGAAGGCGGCAGCGUGUGCUGCUGGCGCAAGGCCUGGGCUGGCCCACAGCACUAGCCCUUGACCUCCCCACCUCGAGGCUCUUCUGGCUGGAUGAAAAGCUGGGCAGUGUUGGUUCCACACAUCUGGAUGGCACCGAUGUAAAGGUGCUGCAGCUGAGAUGGGUCCAGAGUCCUUUUGCAGCGGUUGUGUGUGAGGACCAGCUCUACUGGUCAGAGAGGAAAGCUUGGUCGGUGCAGCAGGUGGACAAGGCCACAGGCAAGAAUAGGACAGUGCUGCUCAAGCGACAUGGGCAGCCCCAUGGCCUUCAGGUGAUGCACCCAGCCCUGCACCUGGCAGCUCCCAACCCAUGCACAGCCCGCGGCUGCUCCCACCUGUGCCUGCUGAGCAGCCGGCAUGCUGGGCAGUGCCGAUGCCCCAUUGGGCUAACACUGGCUGCCGAUGAGACCACCUGCCUGCCCUUCCACACUUCAGCCUUUGCCCUCCUGGUGUCACCAGCAGCCGUGAUGCAGGUCUACCUGAAGGACAUGCCACGAACAGCUGGAGCCCAAGGCCUCCCCCCACACCGGGCCCUGCCUCUGGCGAAGGUAGUGCGCUUGACAGCUGUCGACUACAUGGUGAAGGACAAAAGCCUGUACUUUGCUGAGGUGGGGGGCAACUCCAUUGGGAUGCUGCGCCUGAAGGACUCGGGCCGACUCUCCUGGAAGAAGGUUGUUGCUGUGGAGGGCACGGUGGUGUCCCUGGCCCUGGACUGGCUGAGCGGAAACCUGUACUGGAUUGAAGGGCAGCCCACCAGCAUCCGUGUAGCCACAGCUGGGGGCCGGUGGGCCCUGAUGCUGCUCAGCCUGGUGCUGUAG